AUGUAUGUAUAUGUUCCACAACAUUUGAAAGGACUGGAUUCAGUAGAGUGUCCUUCCCUAGUGAUGGGUACAACACUAUUUUCCAGUUCUAGGGUCAUACGACGUAGUGAAUUUAUUAAAAAUCCUUUAAAUUAUAUUUUCCUAGCCAAACAAACCAAACCUCUAGCUCAAGUUUUACGCGAGAAAAACUCGAGAAAUAGAUUUGUCAGCGAAUUAACCAAAAAUGAAGAUCAAAUUUUCAAUCGCAGUUUGGAUUCUGCUCAAACCGACCUAUUGGAAAAGAAACCCAAUCUAAAACAAACUAAACUGUAUAUACGGCGUUCUUUAAAACGACCACACGAUCCACUAAAUGAUACUUUUACCACUUGUCAGCAAAUGGAGACAAAAACUGAGCUGUUCAUAAUGCCUUCGCCUAAAAUGAAAGUACUAGAAAGUAAGGUUAUGUUGAAUAAAACUAUUUGUGGUAAUGCGGGCAGUUUGGAAAAGCCUUCCUGCAGUAGUACUAAGAACUAUAAAGAAAAUAAUGAACAUGUUGUAGAGUCGACUUCAACAACUGAUAUUAUGGCAAAAGCUGGUCGUAAUAUGCUGGCGUUAGUGGGAAAAGUUGAUUUUGUAUUGAAAAUAUCAAAAAUGUAUCCAACAAUUAAUGUUUUGUGGGAUGUUUAUGGCAAAUUACUUAAAAUUUCCAAGGGAAAAAAUCGUUAUGAACACAUUUUACUAAUGCGCAAUAGCGAAGGAGACGGCCCUAUACUGCAAUGUGUCUAUUAUGAUUUUGACAAUUCUCUGGAGACCUAUAACAGCGAUUCCAACGUACGUGUAGUUGGCCACAUAAAUGGUUGCAAUCGUUUGAGAGUUUUUAAGAUACAACUUUUGCAGAAACCUUUUCAGUUAUCAAGUUUAAUGCGCAUACAAAAUGUUAAUUCUUUUGUUCUAUUACAAAAUCAAACAAAUUAAUAUUUUUUA